CUAAGAAACCAACUCCAAACUGAACUGUGACGUCACGAGGCUGUCAUCAGUGGUGCUAAUCUCGGAGGUGAUAACAACUUCAUCCAAGGAACCUCUGAAACGACACACAGGCGUGCACCACCCCUGUGUACACCUGCACACCGCAAUACCUGUAAGAAGUCCAGUGACAGCUCGGCGCCUCCAUGACCCCCCUGGAAAUGGCUGCCUGACAACCUGCUCAACACACAUGCACGGGCGGGCGGCGGCCAGCUCCCCCCAUGGCCUGUAGGACCUGCCACUCACUACCUCGGGUGGGAUCCUGGUCGCCUCAAGGUACCCGUGUGUGACCCUGUGUGCAUCUGACCACCCUCUCAAAAUCCGCCAAGCUCCACAAAGUCCUGCACUUUUAGAAAUCUUUGCUACUAUAGUAGAAUGGCUGGUCCAGAGAAGAUUGAGAAGUAUGAACAACUCUUGAACAAUGUCUUGAGAGAAAACUUAAGAAUCGUCUUAGAGGAGAGAGAUAAGUUGUAUGAGGACAUAGCAGCACACUCGCAGCUGAAGCAGACAAUUAACUGCAUCAUUGAGGCUCCGAACAGUGAGGGACUUCGCACCCAGGUGGAUCUGGGCUCAAACUUUUAUGUUCAGGCUCAUGUGCCAGAUCCUUCACGCAUCUAUGUGAACAUUGGUCUGGGUUUCCACCUAGAGCUUACCCUCCAGGAAGCUCUUUCAUUCAUUGACAAGAAGCUUGCCAUAUUGAAUGAAAAGGUGGCAGAGUCAACGAAAAAGUCGGCUAAAAUCAAGGGACAGAUUAGAUUUGUGUAUGAAGGAAUCAGGGAGCUGCAACAGUUGAAUGAGAGAACAGCUGCUCCAUAA